UAAACAACGACUGGCAACACGUGCAACACAUCAAAAAAGUAAAUAACAUCAAAUUUUAAUUUCGUUGCGUUUCAGAUAAUUAAAAACACUGAAAUUAUGAGUGAUAGCGAAACUGAGGAGCCAAAGCAAACUAAUGAGCCCAUAGAGAAUGCUUGGGCUAUGAAAAUUCCAGCAUUUAAACCUGAGGACAAUCCAAACGGUCUCGUGGAGGAGAGUUCUUUUGCCACUCUAUUUCCCAAAUACCGUGAACGAUAUCUUAAAGAAGUUUGGCCUCUAGUACAACAGGCAGUGGCAGAGCAUAAUCUCAAAGCAGAACUGGAUUUGAUUGAGGGUAGUAUGGUGGUGAAGACCACCAGAAAAACCUGGGAUCCCUAUAUCAUCAUUAAGGCACGCGACAUGAUAAAGCUGAUGGCUCGCAGUGUACCCUUUGAGCAAGCCAAGCGUGUGCUGCAAGACGAAAUUGGAUGUGAUAUAAUAAAAAUUGGCAGCUUGGUGAGAAAGAAGGACAAAUUCGUUAAGAGACGCCAGCGUUUGAUAGGUCCCAAUGGUGCCACUCUAAAGUCCAUAGAACUUCUUACAGAUUGCUAUGUUUUGGUACAGGGCAAUACAGUUGCCGCCUUAGGACCCUAUAAAGGCCUGCAACAAGUGCGAGAUAUUGUUCUUGAUACCAUGAACAAUGUGCAUCCCAUCUACAAUAUAAAAGCUUUAAUGAUCAAACGUGAACUAAUGAAGGAUCCCAAACUGGCGAACGAAGAUUGGUCGCGGUUUUUGCCCAAGUUUAAGAAUAAGAACAUUAGCAAACGCAAGCAGCCAAAGGUUAAGAAACAAAAGAAGGAAUACACACCCUUCCCACCGGCACAACCAGAGAGCAAAAUCGACAAGCAACUGGCCUCUGGCGAGUAUUUCCUCAACAAGGAGCAGAAGCAGCAACGCAAACAGGAAGAGCGCAAUGUCAAACAAAGCGAAGCAGCCAAAAAGCAAGAGGAACGAAGACAAAAAGAUUUUAUACCACCCUCAGAAGAUUUGCCUACAACAUCUGCGAAAAAGCGCUCUGCUGACGAUGAUCAAAAGUUGGAUGUUAAGGCGCUGAAGGCGAAGUUGGUCAAAGCCAACAAAAAAAUGAAGACAUGAGAUAACAUUUAAUAAAAAUUAGUGUGUAUUGCUCUUAGCUUAAAAAUAUUGUAAUUUUAUACAGAAAUACUUUGAAUUAAUAAAAGUAUUUUCUAUAUAUGUUAAUUGAUGGAAAAUAAAAUAAUUAGGAAUAUGAUUUAAUGUUAA